AUGGCCCAACAGAGUUUGUCAGACAUAUUAACCACCGCCGCUGUGGAUCUGGCCCCUUAUGAAACUCUCUACAAGCAUUUCCAUACGCACCCCGAGCUCUCGCUUCAAGAAAAGGCCACAUCUGAAACGAUCGCUUCACAUUUGUCCCAGCUGGGAGCGUAUGAAAUCCACACCAACAUUGGAGGAUAUGGUCUUGUAGGUGUUCUCAAGAAUGGCACCGGAAAGACAAUUCUUCUUCGCGCCGACAUGGACGCACUUCCAGUCAAGGAACUCACCGGCCUCCCCUACGCGAGCUCGGUGACUAUGUCUGAUGCUGAUGGCAAUGAAAAACCAGUAAUGCAUGCGUGCGGUCAUGAUAUGCACAUUACAUGUCUCCUCGCAGCUGCUGAGGUUCUGGCCCGUACACAGAAUUCGUGGAGCGGGACUUUGAUCGUACUCUUCCAGCCAAACGAAGAGCGCGGCGGAGGCGCUCAGGCUAUGGUUGAUGAUGGUCUUUAUUCAAAGAUUCCCAUGCCCGAUUACGUUUUUGGUCAGCACGUAAUGCGAAUGCGGGCGGGAAGUGUUGGUUCCCGACCUGGCACGAUCAUGGGUGCUGCCGAUAGCUUGAAGAUCACUCUUUACGGUCGCGGUGGCCAUGGGUCAAUGCCCCAUCAGACCGUAGAUCCCGUGCUCCUUGCUGCACAUGUCGUUGUUAGGCUUCAGGACAUUGUGAGUAGAGAGGUGGAUCCGAGCGAUCUUGCUGUCGUGACGGUCGGGAGCCUGCAGGCAGGGCAGACAGAAAACAUCAUUGCCGAUCGGGCAGAAAUUGGGGUUGAUUUUCGGACUGUCAAGUUGGAGACUCGGGAGAAAAUAAUUGCUGCCAUCCGGCGCAUUGUUGAGGCCGAGUGUGUUGCCAGUGGAUCGCCGAAACCGCCGGUGUUCACACCGACGAGGCGGUUUCCGCCCACCGACAACGACAAACAUGUGGCUUCCCAACUGGCGGCGUCCUUCGCAGACCAUUUUGAGGACUUUGAUGACGAUACUCCAAGGACCAAUGUUAGUGAGGAUUUCUCCACGUUGGGUACUUCUCAGGGCCUUCCUUGCUCCUUUUGGUUCAUUGGAGGAAUUGACCCACAGCUCUGGGAUAUGGGCCAAAGAAAAGAAAUUCCCAUGGAUGAGAUCCCUGGAAAUCACUCGGCCCUGUUUGCUCCAGUAAUUCAACCAACGAUGAGAACUGGAGUGGAUGCAUUAUGCAUCGCGGCUUUAACAUUUUUGAAAAAAUAG